UGUUUCCAUCUUUUUUAGUUCUGUCCCUUCUUUUCUGUUUAUUUAUAAUUUUGACAAGUACACAAAUUUGUUAUUUACAUUUUACAAUAAAUAUUCUAGAAACUGUGAUUUUUUAAAAAAUUUAAGACUAUUAACAUUGUUAUUAACUACUCCAGAUCACAAAGACACAUUUUUAGAAAUAUAAUAAUCCUUUCUGAUUAUUAUGGAGGAAGCUGCAAGCUUAGCACACCAUCCACCUCCGCUAAAUAUGCUACCACCAACUCCAGCAGGAUUAGAGUCUUUGUAUAACUUAACUAGGAAAAUUUAUCCAGACCAAGUCAACCCUUUACAAGUCACUGCCCUUUUAAAGUACUGGUUGGGUGGUCCAGACCCUCUAGACUACAUUUCAAUGUAUGCAAACCCAGGGUUGCCGGCCGAAAAUGUACCCCCACAUUGGCAUUACAUCAGUUUCGGACUGUCUGAUCUUCACGGAGACGGAAGAGUACAUGACCCUACUGGUCCAGAUAGUCCUUCUGGGUUUGGCUUUGAACUGACAUUCAGGUUAAAAAGAGAACCAGGCGAAACAUCGCCACCCACAUGGCCUGCCACUUUGAUGCAAUCUUUAGCGAAAUAUGUAUUUCAGUCAGGUAACACAUUAUGCGCGAGUGAUCAUGUUUCUUGGCAUUGUGCUUUAGAUAACAGCGAAUCUCGAAUACAGCAUAUGUUAAUGACUACUGACCAUCAACUGAAAUCAGCUCAAACGCCUUUUGGAACAGUAGAUUUUAUACAAAUUGUUGGUAUUUGUACAGAAGAAUUAAAAGCUACACAACGGUGGAAGGGUUCUGGUGUUCUGGAUAUUCUAAAAAGGCUACCAGCGGCUGGUGGUAGUUGGCUUAUAACAGAUAUGAGACGAGGAGAAAGUAUUUUUGAAUUAGAUCUGAAUGCACAAGAAGAGGUUGAAAGAGGAUUUGAAUUAGAUGGUUCUAACUUAGGAGGGGUUUCUGGGAGAUGUUCUUGGUCGGAGCAAGAUUACUUUACUGGGAAAGACUGUGCGAAAGAUGGUAGCAUAAGGAUGGAAUCACCUUUUCUUCACAACUUUUUAGGAAAUUCGUCAGAAUCUCAAGAAAUGGUGCCAGUUCGAAAGUUGGAUGGCGUUCACCUAAUAUUUAAUUUAGAAGCAGGUAGUCUUCUUCCAUUAGCGAUAAGAGGACGUGUAAAACACGGGAGACACUUCACGUUCAAAUCGGUCCUAGGAGAAACGGGAGUGACUUUAGUUGCCUGUUCAGUUACCGGCACACUGGUGAGUCUCGAUUAUCCUUACGUAGCGCAAGGAUCGUGGCUUCAGGUUCUUAUCCCGGAUGACUUAGCUCAAGACAUGGCUGUAACUUUCCAAGCUUUGGCCAGUCCCGAAGCAUUAUCUUUGCCUAAGACCUUUUCUUGGCCUGACAGGAAAUUGUCUAUUACUAUAGUUGCUGAUAAAGUAUGAGCGUAAUAACCGAAUAUCAAGUAGUUCCUAAGAUUAAUUUAAGAAGAUAUGUAAAGGUGCCUUCAGACAAAUUCAUAUACAUAUGAGGCACAUAGAAUAAUAAUGGUCUAACUCCGAAUACGUUAAAUUUGGAGAACUGACAUAAUUGUUAAAAUUAGAUUAAAAAAUUCAGCAAAAUAUUUCCACAUAACUCAAAUGUUUAUUCAUCAAUAAUACAGUGUAACAUAAGUGGGCUUAACGAUAAAUUCAGAUUCUUUACAAAAAAUGCCUUAAAACUAUGAGGUAAACAAAAAAAUAUGGACUUAGACCACCAUAAAUCUGAAUGAUUUUGUUUAAAUUUAUCUAAUCAUAUAUCAGUUCAUCCUCAGAAGAUCUGUCUUCGAGGUUUUCUUGACCAGAUGCUCGGAUGGGUAAUGGAGUGGGCAAGUUUUUGUAAAACUGAUGAUGUACUGGUGGUAUAUAUGGCAGCAAGUCCAUCAUAUCUUUCUUCUUUGCAGCUGUAACAGUCCUUCUUAUUGGAUAGAGUGGUUCUUGUAUUAUGUUCAAACUGCUAAUAGGCCCCAACAUUUUUCUUUUUUGAAAGGUCGACAAUAUAAAAUUCACUUUCAGGACUUAGAGUUUCCUUAAAUUGAAAUUGAAGGGGUCGAUCUCUCUGAAAUCGAAGCCAUCUUAUUUUAAGCCAGUUAAAAUUGGAUUCAUUAGUCGUUACUUUCCGAUUGGUAAUCAUAUUCUCUAAACCUGUUGUACUGAAAAACUGUUGAUCUUGCAUUUCAGUCACCACAAACUUGGGUUCUUUUCGUUUGGAACUCUUAAUAAUAUUAAUCCACUCAUCUGGAUGGUGGAUUACACUGUGACGUCUGCUUUCACCUUCGAUUGUACCGAAUUGGCCAUCAUUUGGAAGAAAAGAGUGCCCAGACACCAAAAAUUUAAGAUCUAUGAUGUUGAUAUCAAAUUCUGAGUCUUGUACUAGUUUCAACAAAGAUAAACUCAUCUUUAUAUUCCGAUUUUGACCUGUACAUGAGUCUGAAUAAGCAAUGAUAUGUUUAUGAUUCGUAGCAUAGUGCCUUAAAUGCUUUACUAAACAAGUUGCAAUGUCUUGCGAUCCGGGCCCACCCUCUGUUUCUUUCCAUACAUACAUAUAACCAGUAUUGCUGUUGAAGGAAUGUAUUCCUAGAUUAUAUAGAUACAGAUUUCUUUUAUAGUACGCCACAGAUGUUGUCAGCUUAGGGAAAGGCAAAGCCUCAAAGCAAAUGUUACAAUGUAUGCGUCUGGAAUUUUUUUUUGAGUCACUCCUUAAACUCUCCCUCGCUAAGUCUGCUUUUCGUAAAUGCAACUUUUUUUUAACUGAAAUAUUGUUUUUUAAGUCAUCAUUGUUGGCACUUUUCAGUUUUAACUCUAGAUCAUCACACAACUUGCAGGUGUCUUGAUGAGGAAUUUUGAAAUGCAAAUUAAAUUUUGUAUUAAAUACCUGAUAAUAAUAUUUUAAUUUUUUUGGUUCUGUAUUCUGGGUUCGACAUUCUUCUACAUACAGAUCAUACAUCUUUUUUACAGUUAGAUUACUGUCCAAGUAUUUUCUAUUGGGAUUUUUAGUUCUAGAAUAAUGGCUUUGAUAAGCCGGAAAAGUUUUUAUAUGCCUGACAAUAUCAGAAUCAUCCAACUUUCUAGAGCUUGUAGUACCUCUUAGCUCUUUGCAAUUAGAGGAAUCUCGUUUCGAAAUGCAUCUAUGCAGACAGCCGUUACUUAUCUUAAAUGUAUCAAGAAAAUAUUUCUUGCAAACUAUAUGCGUUUUAUUAUUAAUUUUCAAUACAUAUUGAAAAUGUGUAUGCUUUCCUAAGCGAGAUCCAGUUUUAGGGCGUUUUCUAUUUACGGGUGAAGCUUUUACUAAGCCAUAAAUAUAGCUAUUUUGCGCCACAUAAUUGCCGAGCUCCCAAAAUGAGUCAAACGCAUUUUCUCUCUCAGUAAAUGAAAAUAAAUUAAUACACUUCUUUCUGCACUUACAGUACAAAUUUUCAAAAAGCUUGGCGUUAAUUUUUACGUUACUGUUAGAAAUGUACUCUUUGCCAGUAUUCCUUAGUUUUUUGUUUUUAUUAAUUUUCCAAUCCUUUUCAUUUCUCGAUCGUUUUCUGCUUCUGAUUUUUGCAAGGCCACCUGACAAUUUUUAAAAACCUGUAAUUUUUUUACUAUUAUUAGUAUAAAAAAAUUACAUACUUGUGGAUGGUGUACAACAUCGUCAAGUACUUCUUCAUUUGAAGUUUUUGCAUCUAAGAUAAAAAUUAAACUAUCUAAAAAUGUAUUUAUUUAAAAAAAUAGUUCGCAGUUUUGUUAGGUUAUGUCGGUAUAAUAAAAUCAUAAUAUCUAAUUAAUGCUGCUAAAAUUAUAAAUAUAGACACUUACCAAAAGAAACCACGCUAUCACUAGGUGUAUAUUCAUACCCAGAAUCACUAAAAUCACUGAAUUCAUCCAUUAUAAAACUCUACUGUAAACACAAAAAAUGUUGUAAACAUUGAAUGAUUGAAAGUAAAAAUGGUCCAACUCCUCAGAUGUACCAGUAUUAUUCUGAAUGCAUGAUUAUACCAUUUUUAGUGACCUAUAUUGAAUUUAAAUCAGAAUAAGAGUAAGAUGGCGCCAUGUAUUGACUGAAAACUGAAACAAGGAGUUAGACCAGCUUUAUACUGAUAGAUCUAUGUAGAUUGAUACCUUCUACGUAAAUGGCGCGAAUUUUGAAAAGAAUGGAUUUAGACCAUUAUUAUUCUAUGUGCCUCAUAUGUAAGUACGGUUUGAAUUUUUUUCCAAACCAAAUAAACACAAUUUAUUUGGCCUUAAUAGUUCCGUUCAACUUGUUACUUUCCCAUUUCUUGAUGCUCAUUUCACAAAAUGUUUAUUCUCUCUGGUUACAAAUUAGUAAGUAACCUUUCAAUGCUUUUGAGUAGAAAUUCAUCAACAAUUGAAUUAGAAUCUUAAAUGUGUAUAUGGUACGUUUACCACCUAUUGGAUAAACGUAGUUUUAUCCAGAUAGAUUAUUAUUUAACCAAUUUAGCUGGAUUAAAAGCAUAUCAGUUAAAAUGACUUAUAUAGAUAACUCUUUUCUACAUUUCUUCUGAUAAUAAAAUAAAUAUUUAUAUAUUUUAAUAUACAUUUCAAUAAAAUUGGCGAAAAUUUGGUCGAUGGAUUUAUUAACACCUUAUAUCUCAAGAGAAACUCCAAGAAGCCGAGCUUUAAUUUGAGAUUCAAGUAUUGCCUUAUGAAACAUUUUUUUUGGUUUAAAUGAACCUUAAGUCAUUUUGACCAGUUACUAGUUUUUCGGUCACUCAUUCAAGUUAUAAGCUUAAAUUUUAUUUUAAUUUAAUUUUUGCAAUUCUUUUUCAUAAUCCGUUUUUCAUUGUUAUUUUUUUCUUCAUUUCCAGUUCCAGUGAUUUUUUUUUUAAUACUUUUAUUAUUUUAUUAUUUAUAUUGACAUAAUAAGCAUUGCAUAUAGGAAGUUACUUGUCGUUUAACUUUUUGUUAACAGAAAAUCAACAGAGGAGGAAUAGAGACUACUACUAUAUUUAUUUAGUUAACUUAAAUGACUUAUACAGUUUAUCUUUUUAAAGGUCUCUUAAAAAAAAAACCUCUUUCAACAUUAAAACCCUUAAUCAAACUUACCUAAUUUUUUUGCUAGAUCUUUUCAAAAUGGUUAGUAAUAUAUUGUACUUUUUGUCUUUUAUCAUUAGCUACCUGAAUGGUUAUCUCUAUUACCCCAUGGAUUCUUAAGGUACCCAUUCACGUUCAGGCGGCCGGCCGGCUUAGGCCGGAAAAAAUUUCUCGGCCAGUUCUCGCUACACACGUUCAGUUGGGGGACAGGUCGUGGCCUGUCUUUCGUCGCAAAUUGUAAAAACCCCAACGUGUGUAGUGUUUGGUGGACGUUAUUUGCUAAUAGAGCACUUAGAAAUAAGGCAUAUGAGGAGUUAUUGCAACUUUACAAAACAGUGGAUCAACAUGCUACAGUCGAUUCUGUAAAAAAUAAAAUAAACAAUAUGAGAAGUACUUUUCGAAAAGAGCUGAAGAAAGUGAAGCAAUCGAAAAGAAGCGGUUCUUCUCUAGAUGAUUUGUAUAAGCCAGUGUUGUGGUAUUAUGACAGUCUUUUAUUUACUGUUAAGCACGAAAAGUGUCGAACAACUAUUUCUUCAGACAGUGAUCUACAACAAGAAGAAAUGCAUAACGAUGAAGAAAUUAAUGAAAAUGCGCUUGAUACUGAUUCACUUUCACUAUAUUUAUGUUUUCUUUAUAAUCACAUAAUACAAAGCCAUGUUGUUUAAUUAUAAUAAAUAGUUAUAAAUAGUAAUACACAAUUACCAAUUCAGUAUCAUCAUUUUUUUUGGAUCCAUAUUUAUUGCGGUAUGAAAGACUCUGAAACGGUUUGCAAGAAUCCCAAAAGCGUUUUCCACGUCUUGCUCUGCUCAAACGAUAGUUAAAAAUUCGCUGCUCCGGAGAUAAAUUUUUUUGAGGGUAUGAUUUCAAUAUAUUUUCGUUCAGUGCAAACGCAUCAUCUGCUACAAAUACAGAAUUUAAAUUUUCCGUUGUAUUUUGGUUAUCUGGCAAGUUUAAUGAUUUAUUCAAUAGUUUGUCAUGAAAAUCGAUGCACUCGAAGACACCACCAUCCGAUACUCUACCAUUGCAACCAACGUUUACAUAAACAAAUUUAUAGUUAGCAUUUACAAGGGCCAUCAGAACAAUACUAAAAUAUUCCUUUUAGUUGAAAUAGUAAAACCCACUGUUUUUGGGUUUAACUAUACGAAUUGCACGUCUCUGGAAUAAUUUUUCCCAACGCUUAGGGCGAAAUACCUAAUUGCAGUAAAUUUUAGAUCGUCCAUGCUGCGGCCUGUUGCUAAAUAUCUUGAGUCACUAACAAUAUUUCUUCAGCGCUGAUUGCUUGUCGCAUUAUUGUGUCUUUUUUUUGUAAUAUACGGCUUAACCAAAUUUAAUAAGUAUUGAACACAGUCAUUGUUUAUUCUAAGGUAAUUUUUUAAAUCACUGUCGCUUGUUUGCCGCAGUUCUCGUAUAAGUUCAAAAUAUGAUAAGGAACUACUUUUUUUUAACCUCUCCUUCACCCACAUUUUCUUUUUUGCCCUUUUCUUUCAUUCUUAUGACAAUAUAAUAAAAUGACAAUAGCUGCAGCGUAUUCUUGUGACAUGUCGUCGAUCAUUAACUGAAUGUGUGUACUGAAUUUGAACCAAACGUCUGGCAAAUAUCGCAUCGGAUAGAAAACUGUCGACAAAAACCCUAGCAACAAACUGUACGUAUGUAGAGAGCGACGAUAAUAGCCGGACAGGCAGGACGCCUGAACGUGAAUAGACCUUUACUGCAUUCUAGCUCCAAAUUAUACCUCUCUCGGCCACAUAUCAUAUCUGUAUCAUUUCUUAAAAAAAGAAUUCUUGACUUUUAAACUAUGUCCCUUAUAUUUAAAAUUAGGUGUAGUACUUUAAUUGUGUGAAUCUUACAGUAAAUAAAUCUUUAUUAUAUAAAUAUUUAUAAAUUGUGAUUUGAAGUGCCUUGUAUACAAUAAAAAUUAAAUUUUAUAAAUAUUUUGUUAUAAAUUGACAAAUAAAUAUAUUUUAGUUUCAUCGAAAUAAUAAUUAAAUAUAAAAUGAAAUGAGCUUUCAACAUUUGGAACUUGAGGUUAAAAUAGUAAUAUAAUAUAAAAAUGCCAUAUCAAUUUUCGGAUAAGUUAUAAUAUACAUAUAUUUUAAGUUUGUAUUUAAUCAGGGAGAGUGCAAAUGUAAUUUAUAUAAAGUAUUUAUUUAUGUGUCUGUAAUUAUUAUAACAUGGUAUUUUAUUUAUGAAUCAUGUUCAAUAUAUAAGUUUUCUAAAUUUCUUA